GUAAUGACCGACACCCCUCUAUAAAUCGUCCUCUAAGAUCAAUUGAGCUAUAGCCAUCCAAUUCCCCCAUCGAAUUGCUUCUUGGGGACGACAUGGGUCGGAGGAAGGUUCGACUGGAGCUGAUCACGAACGAUUCGGUCCGGAAGACGACCUUCCGGAAGCGGAAGGGCGGGCUGCUGAAGAAGGCGAGUGAGCUGAAGACGCUGUGCGGGGUCGACACCUGCGCGAUCAUCUACACCGCGAGCGACGCGGAGCCCCACGUCUGGCCGUCGCCGGAGGACGCGCAGCGGGUGCUGGAGCGGUUCCAGAGCUUGCCCUCGAAGAAGCAGGGGAAGCACAUGCUGAACCACGAGGACUACCGCCCCAAGGACGUGUCGAUGCUGGAGCUUAAAUUGGAGAACGGGAUCAAGAGGAACCAGGAUCUCGAGAUGGAACUGCUGUUGCUCGACCAUCUUUCGGGUAAGAACGUCGUCGAUCUGAUUAAGGAUGACGAAAUGAAAAUGUUGUAUCAGUCCGUGGAUGACAAGGUCAGAGACCUAACCCUUCAGAUGGCCAACCUCAAAGCGUCUGAGGUUGAGGAAGAUGCGCAUAGCACAGCUCCGGCUAACUGAAUCUCCUUCGAGGACGGGAAUCGAAGAGCUCCAAAGGAUUUGCAGUGCGAAAUUCGUCGCGCCCUUAAUGAAUUUUCAUUUUCUUUCUAUCUUAUCAGGUAAUAAGCCAAGAUUUCUGGGAUUGAAUAAUGGGCACAGCAUUUUCAAGGAGGUCAUUUUGGCUUCCUUUGGGAUUGAUUAUAGAGGACUU